GAGCCAACAUAAUCUAUGCACAUAACCCCUUUUGUUACUGUGAUCGGACGUGUAGGCAAAUUUUACAAUAUUUUAGAAACUGUGCUUCAGUCGUUUUAGGAAGAUUUUUUAAGUUGAAACAACUUUUUGGAUGUUAUAGAUAGGGUUAGAAUAUACAUAAAAUGGCAAAACAGAAGGGCGAGAAAAAAGGAAAAUCUGCAAUUAAUGAAGUUGUUACCAGAGAAUACACUGUAAAUCUACAUAAAAGGUUACAUGGAGUUGGGUUUAAGAAACGAGCUCCAAGAGCAAUUAAGGAAAUUAGAAAAUUUGCAGAAAAACAAAUGGGAACCCCUGAUGUAAGAAUUGAUACAAGACUAAACAAGCAAUUGUGGUCAAAAGGCAUAAGGAAUGUACCUUUCCGAAUUCGAGUGAGACUCUCUCGCAGACGAAAUGAUGAUGAAGACUCCGCUCAUAAACUUUUUACCUUGGUUACGUAUGUGCCUGUUGCGGCUUUUAAAGGAGUACAAACUGAAAAUGUAGAUUCUAAUCAAGAAUAAUAAAGUACUAUUAAAGUA